AUGGCAUCAAAGCUAGCUCAAUCAGAGAAUGUUAGUGACAAUCAUGGGAAGGCUAAGUGGACUGAUACCAACACUGAAACUUUCUUAAAAAUAUGUGUGGAGGAGAUUGAAGCUGGUAAUAGGCCUCACACUCAUUUUAAUAAAGAUGGGUGGAACAACUUAAUGAACAAGUUUAAUAGCAGGAUUGGAAAGAACUAUGACAAGAAACAAUUAAAAAAUAAAUGGGAUUCAUUGAAACAAGAAUUCGGCUUGUGGGCAAAGUUGGUUGAAAAAGAGACAGGUCUCAUAUGGGAUCCAGUGAAAAACACUGUAGUGGCAUCUGCAGAGUGGUGGGAAACUAAGGGCAAGGAGGGUGAAAAGGAUACUUCUGAACAUGUUGUAGAUCAUAAUGAAGGCCCAAGUCUGCGUAUCAAUGAUUCAAAAAAAAGGCAGAGAGGGAUGAAAGGAGGAAAAAGGCAAGGAAUAGCUGAAAAAUUGCAAAACUCCCUUGAUCGAAUCCUGGAAAAUAUUGACCAAAUCUCACAUACAUUCGAGCCAAGAUCAAAUGACCCUUUCAGCAUGGGUAGAUGCCUUAGUCUAUUGAAAGAUGUGCCUGAACUUGAAUUUAUAUAUGAUGUUGAACUUGUACUUGGUUUUGUAUUUCAUAUUGAACCUGUACUUGUACUUGGGUUUUUGAUGUCUAGUACAUCAGAUUCGGAUAAUGAUAAUGAGUUGUCUGAGUACGAUGAAAAUGCUAACAGAGCAUUAUUACAGAAGAAGAAAAUGCUAAUGGAUGCUGCAGAAUAUAUCAAAAAAGAUGAACGUUACUGGCCAUAUUUUAAGGAUUGUAUAGGAGCUAUAGAUGGCACUCAUAUUGUUAUUCAUGUUCCUCCUGACAAAAAAAUUCCUUUUACUGGCAGAAAAGGAAUAACUACCACAAAUGUCCUUGUUGUUUGUGACUUGAAUAUGUGUUUUACAUUUGCAUUGGUUGGCCCCAGCUUUAGAUCACAAAAUGAAGCCUUCAAUUAUUAUCAUUCAAGUUUGAGGAGUAUUAUUGAAAGAACCUUUGGAGUUUGCAAAGCAAGGUGGAGGAUAUUGCAGAACAUGACCAACUAUGAGCUCAAAACUCAAUUUGCUAUCAUAUGGUCAGCCUUUACUCUCCAUAAUUAUAUUCGGAGAAAUGAUUCAUGUGACAUAGAUUUACUUACAAUAUUUGAGAAUAUUGAUGAUUUUGAAGCCAAUGAAGAUGAUCUUGGAGAAGAUGAAUGGGAGGGCCAAGUACAGAGUCAAUUAGAUCAAUAA